AUGAGUUGUGGUUCUGUAAAAUGGGAUGAUGAAGGUGAUGUUCAAGAAAGGAUGAUGGUCAAGGAGGAUAUUUACCUUUUGGCACCUAUGAUGAAGACACUACUAUUAAUUAUUGCUGUCAAACAAAUGGUAACUGACAAUCAAUGGCCAAGAGGGAACUUUGGUCUACCUAAGGCUACAACAGGAUGUCCUGGUGAUUGGAAAAGGGGAUGGCGUGAGGGAUGGAGGUUCCAAGAUAUGCAAGAUGGAGGUGAAAGAUCAAUGGUGUCAAUUGGAAACCACAUGGCUGUUACCUUUUUAACAGGAAAAUCUGGAGUAGAUAUUACACGAGCAUUUUGUUUGUUGGACCAAAAUAACAAAGAAACAAAAUCUUGGCCUAAAGGUACAUAUUGUAUUUACAAGUCAAGCAUUGCUUGUCCAUAUGGUAUGAGUUCUGGUUCUGUGAAAUGGGAUGAUGAAAAUAAUAAAAAUACCAACAAACAAAGAGGACAAUUACCUGAUGGUGUCUAUGAUAAUGACACUCUCAUUCAUUACUGCUAUCAAACGAAUGGCAAUUGGUAUGAUUCCAUUGAAUUACCAGUUAUUAAACCUUUUUACUUGUUGACAUCCAAUUCAUUGUCAUCUCCCAAAUGUCAAAUGGUAAAGUGGGCAACAAGUCAAAUGGAAUAUAUUCUAUUCGAUACGGAGGAUGAAAAUAAUAGUGAUAUUUUUUCUGGAAAUCAUGUUUUUGUUGAUACUUUCAACAGUUCUGGUCGCAUCAAGCUCUACUAUUGCUAUUACAAAGAUUGUUGUAGCUUGAUCAAUGGCACAAAUGGUUCAAUAUAUUCAGACAAAACAUCACAAAACUGUAUGGAUCCACAAUCUCAAUAUUGUUCAUGGCUAAUUACUGUAGCAGAAACAUUUGUCAUCUCGCUGACAUUCUCCAUGUUAAAUAUCCCACAAUGCAACGACACAUAUCUCUACAAUUACAAUGGUCCAAAUAUUAAAUUUCCUCUACUUGGUAAAUAUUGUAAAGAAAAUGCAACUGCAGGAAUGGAAAUACGUUCUUCAACAAACCAUUUGUAUAUCAUCGGUAACUCUGGUAGCUAUGGAUCAAAUCAGAAAAGCGUAUUCAGAUUUCGAGCAAAAUAUAUCGCUCAUAAUCCAGAAAAAGAAAAAAAGUCGCCCAACUUUUCAACCGAAAUUACCGGCAUCACAGUUGGAGUCACUGCAGCUACGUUUAUACUUAUCAUAUUAGUUGGUGCUCUUUGCCACUUGAAACAAACUCGUAAGACAUACUUAUUUUGUUUUACUGUCUGUUUUACAUUAUUUUCACGGUUUUCACCUGUAAAUUACAAGCAUUUAUUUUAUUCACUGACCAUGUUAAUAAAUGAGGUCUAUUUCAUGUAGGAACAUGUAAAGUAAUUUUGGGGAGGGUAUCAGUUUGAAUAUUAAAUUCCUUUAACGAUGCGGUGCAACCAAUUGUCAAAUAGUAUUUAAUGUGUUAAGUGAAGACUUGAUGCUCAAAUGAUUUGGUUUUAAUGUUUUAACGAGUAUAAAUAUAUUGUAAAAAUUUA